GGUCUGAGCCGGUUGGUUACGCAUGCGCGGUGGUGGUGCGUACCGGCCGAGACGGUGAGGAGUCGAGUUGGGAGGAGAUGGCGGGGGGCGGAUCGUGGUCGGCGGCGGUGCUCCAACUCCUGAAGAGGAUGAAUUCAUUCCACUCGCAGGGGUCAUCCAAGAGUUCCUGCAGGCCGCUGUACGUGGCAGGCCAGCAGGUCGGGCUGGUGCCGCCCCGGGUCUCCGCCCACCUCACCGACUACCCCGACGUCUUCCAGCCGUCCCGGAGCGAGCUGGGGCCGGUGGAGCUGUGCGCCGGGCUCUCCACCUACGAAGAGCGAUCCUGCGCCCUCCGCCGCGUCCUGGAGCACUGGAAGAGCCUGCAGCUCUUCGACUGCCUCCGCGGCUGGAGAGAUGAGAGUUAUGAUGUGAUGCCCAGGUUCUGUGACCCACCCCUUCUGCAGCUGGAGCGGUCGGCAGCCAGUUUGUUUGGGAUAAAGACCUACGGGGUCCACGUGAACGGAUUCACCCGUCUGCCAGACGGGGAGAUGGCCAUGUGGGUGGGCAGACGGGCCCACUCCAAGCCCACCUUCCCUGGAAUGCUGGAUAACCUGGCAGCGGGCGGACUGGCAGCUGGCUUGGGCGUGAAGGAGACCCUGGUGAAGGAGUGCGAGGAGGAGGCGUCCAUCCCAGAGUCCAUCUCCAGCAGGGCCAGGCCCGUCGGCAGUGUCAGUUACACCUACGAAGAUGAGCGAGGCAUCUUUCCCGAGUGCCAGUUUGUCUACGACCUGGAGGUCCCUGCAGACCUGGUGCCGCAGGUGAAAGACGGAGAGGUGCUGGAAUUCUACCUCUGGCCUCUGGAGCAAUCGAGGGUCCAACCUCAGUGCCAGAGACAGGACCACUGCAGCUUGUUCCUGGUGAAGGAGGCCAUCGUGGGCUCAGAAUUCAAACCCAAUUGUGCCCUGGUGGCCCUGGACUUCCUCAUACGGCACGGAGUGGUUGAUGCUGAUGGAGAGCGAUACUACCAGCAGUUCGUCGAGGGUCUGCACCGGGAGCUGUGAGACGCUCUCUCCAUCCCGAAUCUCUCGAGCAUCUUGAGCCACUGACUGACAGGAACCCCCAGCUGCCGAUUCUCCCCUCUCCCCAUCCAAUUCUGGGAGCAGAACUAUGGUAGGGACUGACCGAGGGGCCCACGAUUAAAGGAUACCGCAACUGCUCUUCCUACACGUCGUUUCCUCUGGGAGAUUUGGAGCAAGGGUAUAAAUCCCAUGUUGUAACUACGGGCGAGAGGGACACACUCGGAUCAGCAAAGACUGAGGGGAGAGAUAAUUUCACACCACACGGCAAAACUGUCCAAUACCAGAGGGUUUUAGUGCAAAGGAUGCAAAGUUCAGAGGAUGUGCGCUAGGCAGGGUGGUAGUGGGAUUAUGACAAGCAAGUGAACAUGCAGAGUAUGGACAUUGUGCAGGCACAAGGGGUGAGGUUUGGAUCAGGGCUGAAGGGCUGGUUUGAAGGAGACCCAUCACAAAGCUGGGAUUGUUUUCACUCCACCCCUCAACGUCUAAUACCAGAGGGCAGGCUUUGAAGGUGAGAGGCUCAAAGUGGAAUUUUUACGUGGGGAGAGGUAUUGGGGUGUCGGUGGAGACCCUUCCAAGAGACAUGGAUAUGAGGAAGAUGGAGGCUAUUGACAUGGUGCAGGGUGAAGGGAUGAGUUUUUGAUUUACUUUUUAGCUGGUUUGGAAAAGGUUCAGACCUUGCACCAGUGAAGAUGUAGGUCUGUCAGGAGGGAUGAAGGAACAAGUAAAAUUAUUUUGUGAAGAAUACAGUGAACGGUAGCUUCAGCAUUUCAACAGUGUGUGGUGAAAUACAGUCAGGAGCUGUUGAGUUAGUUCCUGAUGAAAAUCUUAAGUCUUGAGCAGAUCUACAAUAUGGAUUAAACUGCCUUGUAAUAGGGAACACUGUCAGAAUGCAGAAUCAUCUAAAGAUCGUGUCACUGUGUUGGGUGCUCUAACCCUGCAGGAACCUGUAUUUUUUUCAUCCCAGAGCUUUCAAAGUUAUGAAGCAGUUUCCAGUAAUUUACUGUGAUCAACAGAGAAGGGUGGAUUAAUCGGUUCGAAUGUUACUUUAUUCCGGAAGAGAGAGCUCACAGUGACUGGGCUGGUCUGAGCAAACACUGCAACAUCAUGCUGCCCUGCACAUCCAGAAGUAAAAAUCCUGGUAAAGAAUAAUGUUUAUACUAUUUAACUGCUACCUCUCUGUACAUCAUUAAUUCAACCCCCGGACAAUAGCAUAUUACGCCCUUUGAAGGCUCAGUUAUAGCUCCCUAUUUAUGAAGCACAUGAGUACAGGAAUUUGUGAAAUAAUUAAUGUGAGAUAUUAUUUAUGGAAGUCAGUCGAAGCAUCAAAACUGAAGAAUAGAUGACAUAAAUUGUGGUCGGGUUUACCGUUCAAGCCUGCACCUGGUGAGGAAAUUGGAAAUGACUUUUUAGGAUUUCAAAGCAAAAACAAAUUGUACAACACAGGCUGCUUUCUUAUGCUAAAGAAGUAAAUAAUCCUGCUGUGACAGAUGCAGAUAAUAGAUGAGUGGAUGGGUAGUGAUGAUAAUGAGCCUACUGUUUGACAUUAUACUGCCACUGAAAUUGUGCAGAUGGCUGUGAGCCCAGAGACAAAAGACUGUGGGGGUGAAAGUAGUGAUAAAAAUGAGGAAGAGGUAGCCAAAAAAAUGUCAGUUGAUCGAACAGGCGAACUGAUAAAAGACCGAUCAUCGCAGUUUUAUUACUGUAAGGAAUGUGCACGUGUUGCAAGAUGAACUGAUCAAAGUCAGACCAAAAUACACGAAACAAAAAUAGCUAAGAAAAGUGCGAGAUGAGUAGACACUUGGAAAAUUCAUUGCAGUCAACUUCGGCUCACACAGAUGUGCUGCCACCUAUCGAAGAUGUUGUGUCAUCUUCAACACCAGCAGCUCGUGAAGAUUCAAACACCUUUCAAGAUGAAACACAAGACAAUCCUGAUGACCAUCACUUACAGAUAUGUUGCUGUGCUUUGGAAGUGUUAACAGUCAACCUUCUGAUGCAAGAAAAUGCAGAUACCUUGUAAGAUAUUUUGCCUGCACUGUACUUCAAUAAAAUUUACUUUUCAUUUGUCA